GUUUGGAGAGAAUAAAAAAAUAAAAUAAAGUACAUCGUGAUAUUCUGACAUAAUUUGGAUCUAUCUUGACUGGGUUAUGAAUUUUUUGAUUUUACUCAAAAAUAGGCAAAAAUGGGAUAUUUCACCUAAUGUACGUGUUGACUAGGUUUUUGAAACUUUGAAACAUAAAUGGUGCCACGAGAUUCAACACAGUCGACAACCUAUGUUUUCAUGCAUUUCUGACAGUAUAAACCUAAUGACAGAGAAGUCCUAAGGCUUCGGGAAAAAGGUCCGUAGCGCCAGAACCAAGCAAAACCCGACUGUAGAUCUUACUUUGUAAAGGACACUUCGGACUAUCUAUCUACGAAAAAGAACGGUAGAUUACUAUGUUGGUUUCUAGAAAUCCGAGCCAGUUUUCCAAAGAUCUUGUAGAAAACCGCUCUUCGGAAUGUUUUCAAGAGACGAUUUUACUUGUGAAAAUAUAGCUUAAACUAUCUUCUUUCAAUUGCUGAAGAUUGUAGGUUUCUAUCAUUUUUCUAUCAAAAGUUAUUUAAAAGAACAGACGAGGCCACUGUUUCUUUGAAUGGACAAUAGAACUUAUCUGUCCCAGUAUUUAUUUAUACUCACUACUGAUCGAUAAACCUGAAUUUUAUUUUUUAGCAUUUAUGAAUAGUACAUUGUUUGUCUCCUCUUUUUUGUUUUUUGAUUGAUAUAUUUCAGCGUUAUGGAAGUAUUUUCAGUGCUCUCAAGGUGUUACGAUUGUUACGUUUGGGACGUGUAUUUAGAAAAUUAGACAAUUAUCUUGAAUAUGGUGCAGCAGUGCUGCUUCUUCUUAUUUGUGUUUUCGUUCUUGUUGCUCAUUGGUUUGCGUGUGUUUGGUAUACAAUUGGAUUUCGAGAAGGCCGUGGUGGUACUGGGAAGCGAAUGGAAUAUAGUUGGUUAGUAAAAAUGGAUAGAGAAUUGCAACACCACUGUAUUGACUCUUACGGAAAUUUGUCAUUAUACGAGUCAAACGGUACAUGUCGUAAAGCAGCUUAUGUAACAGCAUUAUAUUAUACCAUGAGUUCGUUGACAAGUAUUGGUUUUGGUAAUGUCGCAGCAAAUUCGGAUGCUGAAAAGAUAUUUACUUGUGUAAUGAUGUUGAUUGGUUCACUAUUAUAUGCAACAAUCUUUGGUAAUGUCACUACCAUAUUUACACAAAUGUAUUCCGCAACUGCCAGAUACCAUGAAAUGUUGAGUAGUAUUCGUGAAUUUAUGAGAUUGCAUGGUAUGCCAAAUCAGUUAAAUGAACGCAUAAUGGAUUAUGUUGUUUCAACGUGGGCUAUGACAAAAGGCAUUGACGCUACCAAAGUUUUAAAUUAUUGUCCAAAAGAUAUGCGUGCCGAUAUUUGCGUGCAUAUGAAUCGUAAUGUUUUUAACGAACAUCCCGCAUUCCGUUUGGCUAGUGAUGGUUGUCUACGAGCAUUAGCCGUUCAUUUUCAUAUUAAUCAUAGUGCUCCAGGUGACAUGCUGUAUCAUAGCGGUGAAAGCCUAGACAUGUUGUGUUUUAUUGUAUCUGGUUCAUUAGAAGUAAUACAAGAUGAUGAAGUUCUUGCAAUUUUAAGUACUGGAGAUGUGUUUGGUGAUGAUUUCUGGAGUAAACAUCGUGAUAGUGUUGGACAAUCAGCAGCAAAUGUUCGCGCUCUCACUUAUUGUAAUUUACAUCAAAUACGACGAGAACGUUUACUGGAAGUGUUGGACUUUUAUCACCCGUUCAGCAUCUCAUUUGCUAGAAACAUGAUACUUACAUACAAUUUACGACAUAGAGUUGUAUUUCGUAAAAUUGCCGAUGUCAAACGUGAACGUGAAUUAGCUGAAACACGAAAAAACGAACCGUUUGAUCAAAUUGGUUCUGAUCAUCCUGUUCGAAAAUUAAUAUCCAAAUUUCGAAAAAUCUCACAAGAAAAUCGUGUACCUAACUCAACAACAUUAAACGAUGUUGAGACAGGCGGUACACCGUCGCCAAAUACAGCAAAUGAUCACAAAUCUUCGACUAUUCCAUCUCAGCUGACACAACCAGUAGCAACAGCAGCGAAAACAACAAACAAAUUGGAAACGAUUUCCGAAAAAAUAGAAACACAAGAAGUACAAAAUUCGGGGACUGUUGUUAUAAAUGAACUAAAGUCUACUCCUCUUUCUCACGCUCCGCUACCACCACCGCUACAACAGCAAAAAACGAGCAAAUGGAAAUGGUUGAAAGCUGGUGUGACGGAGAAUGAGACUAUAUCCCAUAGUACAACAGUGAAAACUAAUGGUGCUAACAACAACAAUAUAAAUUCAACACUAACUGACAUUGGUGAUAAAGCGACAGUCAUUUUUCCACAAAAAGUAAAUUCAACAAAUCCAUUCGACAAUAUUAUAGGGGACGAACUACCAUCUAAAAGUGCUAACAGACAGUCCAUUCCGUUAAGUUUAUUUAUACCACGAAUGGCAAAAGAUAAAACCGAUACAUCCGAUAAUGUAGAAACGACUGAAGAUAUUAAAUCUUCACCGGUGCCUGAAACUUCCGAUUCACCGAGAGAAAUGACGAAUCGUCAAUCUGUUAGUGGCUCAAUUGAUAGUCAAGUGUUGUCGUAUUUAGUCGAAAUUAAAAGUGAUUUACAAAAUGAAGUACAAUCGUUGAGUAAACGUAUGAGUCAUAUCGACGAACAAAUAAAUUUGAUAUUCAAUUUUUUAAUGCCAACAAACAAUUCAAAUAUGUUAGCAGUUCAAUAUUCAUCAUCGACAUCACCAACAACAACUACAAAGACUACUACAAUAUCUACUUCACCAUUAUUUGAAUCGGCACCAUCAUUUGAAUCGGCACCAUCAUUUUUUUCCGAUUUAUCUUCGAAAACUCUGUUCGAUACGCCUAUUAAUAGUGAUGCAAUAGGUGGUAAUGAUAAUGUUGAGAAGUCAAGAAUGUUCCAUCGUAAUAGUGACCAAUUAUCAUUAACACCCAUACGUCAACUAAGUGGUUAUGAUAAUAGUACGUUAAAUAUUCCAAGGUAUAGUCAAGUGAGUUCCUGUGGUAGUUAUGUAUCUGUCCCAUCCCAAAGAAGUUCUAUAUCGAAUAAAAUAGCACCAGCUCCAUUUGACACUAAAUCUUCGACGGAAAAACAACCAUUGAGUACAAAAUUUCGGCCAAUAGCAAAUGUUCGUAAUAACCCCGGCCGUUCACCAAUUCCAAAAGCACGGUCAUAUCAUCAUUCGAAGACAAAAUCAAAACAACAAUCAGCAGUACCGAUCAACACAGUGGAGAUGAAACAUUCGACAGUUAUCGAUUUUGAAAAUCGAGAAGAACAAUCGGUACUUACAUCUAGCUUUAAUUCCGAUAUUGCAACAAGUAAAACGACACCGUUGUUGAACACACUUAGUACAUCGCUAAGCGGACAAUAUAAUCGAAAAGAAAAACAAAAUUUAUUUCGUCGUUUUAUUGAUCAAAGAACCGGAAAAAUUUCUCAAGAUGACGACGAGGAUGAACGAUCAGAUACAGACGAUUAUAAACCGUUAACCAAAGAUCAAGAUAUUAAUGAUCUUACAAUUCUAUAG